AUAUUAUUCCAGUUCAGUUCCCCAUCAACCCUUCGCAUCCCAACCCACUCUUGACUUCUUCCAGACUUUCGCAAGAAGACCAUCACAAGAAAGAUACAGAAGAAGAAGAAGAAGAAGCUUGUACAUACAUAAUACUUACAACAUAUUCUAAGCAGGAAUCUUCAGAGCACAGAUGACUCGCCCCUCAGCAGCCUGCUUGGAUCGGCUGGAGAACCAAGCCGACAUGGAACGAGUGAAACGACUGUCCAGCCAAUUCGACCAGUUCUUCAUCCAAGCCUCAAAACAUGCCAUCGAACUAAAAGCAUACCAGAAACUCAUCGCCGAGUCUGAGAAACACGCCCGUUCGGACCCAAACAGUCAACACUGGCUGAACCAGAUCGAGGAGAAAUCUGCAAGACAGAGCCAGGUCCAGCAUGCUAUCAACCAACUCGUCACCCAGGCUGUCCAGCAGAUCGACCAACACAUCCGAACCGAAGCCAUCUCAAUCAUCAGGGCACUCCAUUCCGACGGAUUCUUCGAUAAACCCGGCAAGAACUCAAACCUAAACUCAAACCUCAGCCCAACCGCCCUCAAAACCAUCGAAAAGAGCAUCGAUAACGAACGAAAGGAACGAGAGGAUUCACUAGCCACUUUCAAGAAGGAGUUCGAAGACUACCGGACCUUCAAUAACACCCGUUUUGAAGAGCUACAGGCCAGCUUUCAGGAAUUCAAAGAAUCUAAUCAGACUCGUUUCAAAAACCUAGAGGAUACACAUCGCCAACAGAUGUGCUCGCUCAGAGCCAGUCUAAAGCUUACCAAUCAGCAGCAAACCUCGUCCUCUCCGCAACCUCCAGUCGAACAAGCCGAGCCACAACAACUGAAACAAUUGAUUCAAGAACAAGUUCAAGAGCAUCUUCAUACCAAACACAUCCCACCAACCGAUCUCAUCAGCAAACAAUCCCUCCAAACUGCCAUCAAACUGAUCAAAGAACAACUCGAUAACCUAGGCCUUCAGAUUACCGAGACACUCAAAGAGUUCGAACCACAGAUCAAACAAAUCACACAGGCGAUCCAGCUCCAGGUGAUCAAAUCCACAAAGACCGUCAUCUCAGAUGGCCAUAAAGAUAUCGCCACCCUCAUCAACGGCUCCAUCGUCAAACUACAGGAUCAGGUCGAUAAACUUGAACCACUCAUCAAUAGCUCAUCCGAGAGGAUCGACCGCAUCGAAGCAGACCACUUGAACCUAGACUCCCAGAUCAAUGAGAAAGUCCACUCGAAGCUGGAGUCACAACUUAAUGAGAAGGUCCACCCGCAGAUUGAGUCUCAAAUCAACCAAAACCUCCAAUCGAACUUGGAGGAUCAAAUCAACAAGAAACUCGACCCCAAACUCGCGCCGCUCAAAAAACAGCUCGCAGAUCUCACUCAAAAACAGCACGAACACGACAAGAAGCUGAACUACCCCAAAGCAUUGCAAUCUGGAAUGUCCAAACUAGAGACACGUCAGACCAACUCAUAUGAAAAGAUUGGCAAGCUCGAAAAGACAAUCACCGAUGUCCAAUCUCAGUUCAAAGACUUUGAGCUUCGAAUCAAACCAUUACAAGACAGGAUUGAAGGGGUUGAGACCACCGUCCAGAACAGCAACCAUGAUCAUCACAACCCAUCCCGGCGACCAUCAACCCCCGCCUACCAAGCCAAUCAGCCCUCUCAUUCUCAUCGCCGAACCAGCCAAACACCACCCUCGCCCCACUCGCACAGCAGCAGCAGCAACGUCAAUGGCAGAUUCCCCCCAUCAGAAAUCUACAAUCCAACCCCAACACAGUCUCGUCGUCAGUCGUACCAGGCCAACCGAGCGUCAACCACUUCAUCUUCUGCCCUCGCCGCCCAGUCCCAAAACAUCUCGAUUGCUUCUCGGCUGACCAAUGGACCCGCCCAGGGCGGCCCGGUCGCCUCGAGCCAGACCAAUGGGGAAACGACCUACUACCGCAAACGGACGCUUUCCCGCGAGUCGAGUAUUUCCCGGCCGUCCCAAUCCAACGUGGCUGGCUCGUCACACUGGCCCGCGUCUACGACGAAUGUCGGGUCCGGACAGAGCCAUAACUACGCCACUCAGCCUCCGUCCUACGAGCCUCAGUCGGAUCAGUCAUACUCUCAGUUUGCUCACCAACAAUCUCAACAACCUGUGUCGUCGAUCCCUCUCGCCAAACGGCUCAAAAAUGACUACAGUCUCGUCAACUCUUCUGCCAACCAUUCGUCCUAUCAUAAUAACCAUGACCAUCAAUCCGAGUAUCAUCAGUUUCAUACUCAUAGUUAUCAGCAGCAGCAGCCCUACCAUCAUCAUCAUCCGACCCCUAAUCCGUACAAGAAAAACUUCACUUAUACUAAGCGUAGUUAGUCUUCACCCCCCCCCCCCUCAAUCUACCCUUCUUUUCUGUUCUCGCUCGCCCUAAUACUUUGCAUGUUUAGAUCAUUAUUGUCUUUUUUUUUGUCGUUUUAAUGCUGUAUGUUAUUUUCUUUUUUUGCAUUUUAUAUUUAUUCAUAUUUAUAUUUAUAUUUGCCUGUCCUAUAUAUACUUAGCAAGUUUUAAUCGCCACUACAAGUAUUGUAUGUAAGACAGAGAUCAUGGGUGUUUGGACGCAUGUCGAUCCAUGCACCAGAGAGUGAGAUGCAAAAGCACACGCGACAAUGGCCAAGGGCACUUGACUCGAGGCUCUCACGUGCCCAACUUGGC